ACAAAUUCCAGCUAUAUAAGCAAACUGUCAUGUAACAGAAUCUCCAAACAUUGUGGCCGCACUUAGUGCGAGAACAGGAGAAUCGCAUUGCCCGUUGAAUCCACUGACACAAGAGAAGGAAAUUUAAGAAGACUUUUCACAAUCACUCAGUGCAAGAUCAGAUGCAGGCAUUCUACAAAAUAUAAGAACGGGACCAGGAACAAUGAAAGUGUGUCAGUGCAUCCUGCUCCUCUUUAGUCACCUGUUCCUUUAUACUCUAGCUUGGAAUUGUGAAGUAAUACCUGGUACCCUGAAGCAGAUUGAUGCUGGGCUAGGGAUAGUGGGUGGGGUGAACAAUGACAAUGAAGUUUUCCUGUUCCUGGGGACCAGUUUUGAAAGGAUAGGUUUAUCCGCGAAGCACUUUACUGUUGGACCUGCUGGAGAACUAGGGGCGAAUUCAUCAAACAAUGUCGUGAAGUUUGUGGAUGGUAGCUUCAAGCUGAUUCCAGGCAUUCAAUUCAAACAAGUGGAUGCCGGAGGUGACCAGAUUAUUGUAGGUGUUUCUCCAGUAGAUGACGUCUUCUGCUUAAAUAAGGAUAAUAACAAUGUCGGGCCGUCCAGUGAUGCUCCUUGGGUACAACUUGCAGGAAAGCUGAAGUACUACAGCUGUGGCCCAUACAGCUGUUGGGGAGUGAACUCCGCAGGGAAUGUCCUCAUCAGAAGGUUUGUAACUGGUGCUGCCUGUGGAGGGUCGAAUGUUUUUGAGGCUGUUACUGGAGCUCUGUCCAUGGUGGAAGUAGCAACUGAUGGCAACGUCUUUGGUAUUGACCCUCAGGGGAAUUUAUUGCAAAGAGUUGGUGUUUCCAUAUCUAAUCCAUUUGGAUCAAGUUGGACAGUUAUUUACAUCUGUCCCAAUGGCCACAAGCAUGUGACGUUUGAUCUGGGGUGGCUUUAUGUCAUCUGUAGUGAUGGAUCCGUCAGGAGAUGCAUCUAAAUGUCCAACAGAAGAGCUCAACUAUCAUUAUAAACAAAAAUUCCUUUUCUUUGUUUAAUUUUUUUGCUGUUGAACCAAUAACAUUUUAUGACUUAUGGUUUUACAUGACUUUUAAAGUGUCAAUAAACUGCUUCAUAAUCAACUUCCUUAUAAUUUUAAAUUAAUUUUAACCCUUGUGCUGUUCCCCCCAUCAAUUUUUGAUGAAUGUCUGGAUACAUGCAUUCAUUAUCGCAUCUUUAAUGUGGCCAAAAAUAAAUGCAGGAAGUGACCAGGAGUAAAUACUCUAUAUCUUGCAUGGAAUAUGAUAGAUUUUUUACUUUCGAGUAAACUUUAUAAUGCAAUAGAUGGAAUCCCUUUUAAGCGGCACUAUAUUUUAAGAUUACCUUGCUGUUUAAUCAAGUGGUAUAAACUUUUCUCUCAAGUUCUACUGAAUAACAAUCACAAGCAAAGCCUAUUGACACACUGGGGGCUUUAUUGAGUUGCUCAACUCAGUCUACACAGGAACUUUAUAAUUAUAAGUUACUAACCACUAGACCAAUGCUCUCAGUCUAGCUCCUGAUUAUUGAAUCCUGCUAUUGUAAGGUUUUAGGCUGAAGAAGAUUGAGGUAGGUGAAGUGGAUCUAAAUACAGCAGUUAUUUUAUUAAUUAAAUAAAACAAAAGAGUGAUAUCCACAAAUGAAGGUAAAUGAAACGGUGUGCAUUAA